GAUGCCUAAUAGUCCAAUCUUUUUCACUCUUCUCCUCUCUCUUUUCCUCUCGGCUUCCGCCCAGCAAGAUGAAUUUGUCUACAUAGGCUUCUCCGGCGAUGCAGAUGGCGGCGGAAGCAACAUGAGCUUGAACGACGUGGCGGAGAUCGAGAACAGCGGGAUCCUGCGGCUGACGAACGAGACGAGCCGGCUGAUCGGCCACGCCUUCUACCCUGCGGCCCUCCGGUUCCGGAACGCCACCACUGGCGUAGCCUUUUCCUUCUCCACCACCUUCGCGUUCGCCAUCGUGCCCGAGUACCCCAAGCUCGGUGGCCAUGGCCUCGCCUUCACCAUUGCGCCGACCAAAGAGCUCCCGGGGGCCCUGCCCAGCCAGUAUCUCGGCCUCAUGAAUGCCUCCGACGUCGGAAACGCCACCAACCACGUAUUCGCCGUGGAGUUCGACACCGUCCAGGACUUCGAGUUCGACGACGUCAACGAUAACCACGUCGGCGUCGACGUUAACAGCUUGGUCUCUUACCCGACAGCUUCUGCCGCUUAUUAUGGCAACGAUGGCGUCAAGAAGGACCUCAAUCUCAAGGGUGGUUACACAAUCCAGGCUUGGGUAGACUACGACGGAGCCGAGAAGGUCCUCAACGUCACCCUUUCCCCUUUCUCCACGAAGCCGAGUUCUCCGCUGCUAUCGUUUCAGGUGGAUUUGUCCCCAGUCCUCCUCGACGACAUGUUCGUGGGCUUCUCGGCGUCAACUGGACUGCUCGCGAGCACCCAUUACCUCUUCGGAUGGAGUUUUAAGAUGAAGGGCGCCUGUCGAUCCCUCGAACUCUCCUCCCUGCCGUCGCUGCCUCAACCGAAGAAGAAAAAUGUCACCUUGACUGUCGCUAUCUCUGUCACGACCUUUGUUCUACUGAUCGCUGCCGCCGCCGCCACAGCCUACCUCUUCUACUGGAUCAAGAAUGCCGAUGUGAUCGAGGCGUGGGAGCUCAACUGCGGCCCGCAUCGCUUCUCCUACGAGGAGCUGAAGCGAGCCACCGAGGAGUUUCGAGACCAACAGCUCCUGGGCUUCGGCGGGUUCGGAAAGGUCUACAAGGGGACCCUUCCGGGCUCGCGGGUGGAGGUGGCGGUGAAGCGAGUGUCCCACGAGUCAAGGCAGGGGAUCCGCGAGUUCUUGGCGGAGAUAGCCAGCGUGGGGCGGCUCCGCCACCGGAACCUGGUCCAGCUCCGGGGCUGGUGCCGCCGCCGCGGAGACCUGUUCUUGGUGUACGAUUACAUGCCCAACGGCAGCCUCGACAAGUUCCUGUUUCGCGACGACUCUCUCGGCCAGCGGCCAAGGCCGGUCCUUUCGUGGCCACAGCGCUUCAGGAUCCUCCGCGGCGUCGCCUCCGCGCUCCUCUACCUUCACGAGGAGUGGGAGAACGUCGUGAUCCACCGAGACGUCAAGGCCAGCAACGUCCUCCUCGACGCCGAGUUCAACCCCCGCCUUGGCGACUUCGGGCUGGCCAAGCUCCACGACCACGGCGCUAACCCCAGCACCACCCGCGCGGUGGGCACCCUGGGCUACCUCGCGCCCGAGCUCACCCGCACCGGCAAAGCCACCACCAGCUCCGACGUGUACGCAUUCGGCGCCCUGGUGCUUGAGGUGGUGUGCGGGCGGCGGCCUGUCGAGCCGAAGGCGUUGCCGGAGGAGCUGGUGCUGGUGGACUGGGUAUGGGAGCGGUGGACUUCGGGGCGGUGGGCGGACGUGGUGGACCACCGGCUGGGCGACGACUACGACCGCGAAGAGGCGGUGGUGGCUAUAAAGGUGGGGCUUUGGUGCUCCCACCCCUCAGCAGCGGCCAGGCCAGGCACGAGGGAGGUGGUGCGUUACCUCGAUCGUGGAGACGCCGCGGAGGUGCCGCCAUUGGCCGGACCCCCGGAGGAAUACGACGCCGGCGAGAGCAACGGCGGGUUCGACGACUUCGUGCAUUCCUACCUUGCCUCCUCCGAGAAGAUCUCCAAGGGUUCGGCUGCUCUUGGACAAGAAGCUUCCCGUACCUGUGUUUAGCUUUGUGCUGCACUCUUUGAGCUCAAUACAGAAGGCUCAAGUGAAAGAUGUGGAGUGAGGAUGAGUAUUUUCGCCAUCACCUCCUCUGCAAUGAUGGAAGACUGCGUGUGCUUGCCUACAUGCAGUCCUUUCAGGCUUUUGGAUAUGCAUCAUAUGUUUUGCUUUACUCGAUUGAAUUGGAUGUUAUCAUGUACUAUACUAAUGAUCGCUUGUAUACCGACUAGAUGAUGAAGCUGAAAUAUUUCAUUGA